CCGAGCUCGCAGAGAGCUUUCGGGGCUGCGACUCGUCGGCAGCACAGCUUUCUUGCGAUCUUUUAGCCGUGUUUUUUGUGCAUCGGAUUUGAAACCGCCGCUUUUACUCUGUGGAACUCAAUCAGUUUUUCAAGGAGGUACUUUGAAAAAAAGUGUAACCCUUUUGAGACUUCGUGCCUCUUUUUAUAUUUUUUUGGAUGGUGUUUGUGAGAAGGUUAAAAUACGAAAUAACGGGCUCAAAAUAAAAAAUUUUAUUUGAGAUCAGCAUGGAAAAUUUUAGAUGUGUGAAUGUGCAGGGUGAAAAUCCCGCUUCUGAUUCGCAGAGUGCACUUAAGUGAAUCGAAAUUUUCCUUUGUCAUGGAAAUCCCGAGCGCGUGACAACAUCGUCAAGUCGUUAAGGGAAGAUUUCGAGGAUUGGAUUCACUGUUCGCAUUUCAGAACCGCAAUUGGAGAACUGCAGGUCUAUUAUGAGUACCCAAGUGUAAGACAGGUGGUUGCCGCAAAUGAAGCUGGAGAAAGAGGAAGAAAAUUGACAGUCUCCGGGGCUCAGAUAGGAUGGCCACGUUCGUAGCCACGGGGCGUCGGAGUUGGGGUUGGGGGUGGGUGCUGUUUGCCGUCGCUUUGCUCAUCCUGGCCACCCCCAGUCCCGCCGCCAUCCGCAAAGCUGAGCGAGAUCAUUGUAACAAAACAGUGGACAUUUAUGAAGAUGUUUCAAGUCCUGCCGUUACUUCAAAGACAUGGGGAAAACCACUCACCUGCUGGUACCGCUUUCGUGCUUUUCGUGGCACUCCUCGUGAUUGGAUCCUGCGGGUUCGCUUCAAAAAGUUUAAAGUCGGCGUACUCGAAAAUGCAACAACCUGCUCCGGAGGUUACCUACAGAUUAUCGACGGGAACGCGAAGACCGAGGUGAGCAACAGGAAAGAACCAGGUGUCUUCUGCGGCGAGUCAGAACAGCCUCAAACUUUUAUUUCCGAAACAAGUUUCGUCCGAGUUCUCUUCCAUACAGAUAACUUCACCGAUCAGACUUACUUCAGUUUCGACUCCCGAGCCGAGCAGCAAUUCGAGGUUUAUCUGAGAUAUGGUCAGCACCCAGAACUCUACCCCAAUCGACGAGGAGAAGUAGUCCCCGGCAGCUACUGCGAAAGAGUCUUCAAAGACUGCAGGCUACAGACCUGCUAUGUUCAGAGUCCAGCUUACCCUGGAAUUUAUCCCAGAGCUCUACAUUGUAAGUACAAGUUGAACACCAGACUCCCCUUCAUCAAACUCUACAUCGAGAAUGAGGAAUUCAAUAUCGACGGUCAACGCUGUGAAAACAUAAUGACUUGCCCAAUGAGGCCCAUCAGCUCAGGAUCAGAACAUUGUCCGUACGACUAUAUAAGAGUCUUUGACGGUCAAGACGAGACUUCACCAGUCAUUGGGACCUUUUGCGGAAUGGGAAAGUUCCCCUACAGUAUCAUCGGGACCACUAAGGAUCUCUAUGUUGAAUUCGUUUCUUCUCCAGCUGGUCCCUUGCUGAACACUGGAUUUCAUUUCAACGUUGGCACUUGGCCAGGUCACGUAGAGACCGCAGGAGUGAAAAACGGCAGCUGUGAUUGGCUACUGAGCAGUGAAUCCUUGAAAAAUGGAGACGAAGGGAUAUUUCUAUCAGUUGCUCACUGGUACCCUCCACACACGAGUUGUACCUAUCUUCUGAAAGGUCGUCCUGGUGAAAUUGCAAGGCUUUAUUUCCCGAGUUUUCGAGUAAACAGGAUAGAGUCUCCGAUCCAAUCUUAUGAUGGUGAUUGCGGAGAGAGCUUAACUCUGUAUGAUGCUGAUUGGCCAGACGAUGCGAGAAUUAUCAAAACCUUCUGCGACACCUUCAGCAAGCCGAUGGAGAAACACGACUUUGUUUCUUCAUCUAACGCUCUUUUUGUUCGUUUCGAGAGUAAAACUGGAAGCUACUCUGGUAGUUCUUUGUACUACUGGGCCCAUUAUGACUUUUUCAACGAUACGAAAUUCGGUGAGCCAGUUCCAGAUACCGAAUGCGAUGAGGUUUUUGCAGCUUGGAAAUCUCAAAGUGGACAUUUGAGAUCUCCUCUGAAUACCCUCGUCUUCAAAAGAUCAGGGGAUCCACCUUCGGAUUUAUCCUGUACAUACAGUUUUGUCACCGACAAAAGACUCUUCGCGAGAGUUAUAUUGACCGUAGAAUCGGUGACUUUUAAGGAUCAUCCUUACGCCCAGUGUGGUCACUGUUGGGAUAGUCGUGCUGACAAAGUCAUCAUUAGAGAACCCUCUGUGGAAUCUCCAAAGGGACACUGUCUGUGCAGACUCAGCAGUGGCAAUCCUCCGCUCAGAAUUGUAUCCCGUGGGGAAAAACUGGAUUUGAAGCUUCUAAUCGAUGGAGCUCAUGCAGCAGCGAGUUACUUCAAACAACCAGCACCACUCUUUGAAGCUAAAUACGAAUUUGCCCACAGUCCUCUCUGUGGUCCAGCGGUACUUCCAGCCACGACUGACGGUGAAAUUGAAUUCCCUCAUUACGAGGCUUUGGGCUACGUGACUCCUCCUAGGUCGAUAAAGUGCAUCUGGGAGCUGAAUGUCAAUCCGGAGAGAGACCUCUUCUUACACUUUGACAAGACAAAAUUUGGCUCUAGAUCCUGCGAGGACGGCAAGAUUGAGAUCAUUCUUCCCGGAACGCCCGAUUCCUUCUUUAUUGUUUGUGGAGAAAAUGUCAGUCAGGCGAAAGAAAUUCCGAUACUAUCAGCUGCUCAAAUUCUGGAUUCUUCAAAGCAGUCGGGAAUAGUGAUUCAGUUCACUGGAUCGAUGGCUUUAACGAGAGCAGAGUUUAAAAUCACUUGGACGGAAUUGUAUCAUCUUCCAAGGGAUGGAACUGGAGCUUUGAAUACUCAAAGGCUCGAAGAGUGUGGAUUUCAGUGUCCAGGUGAAGCUGGUUGUAUACCAGUGCGUCUUCUUUGCAACGGAGUUGUUAAUUGUCCGACACCAAAACUUCCUGCGGGCGUGUACAAUGCAAGUUUACUAGAUCCGGACGAUGAAUCUGUCGAAACUUGCGGUGGUCCGAUUGGUGGAAAUGGUAGCAGCAUUGUGGGACCUGCUGGUUGGGCUGGGGCAGGAUUAGGAGCAGGUUUGGCUGUUCUCUUUGGACUGGUGUGUUUGGUGACAGUCUGUCGAGUCUGUCGAAGAAGAAGUCGAUCCAGGGACAUUCAUGUGCCCUACUAACAUGAGCCGUUUAUAGAAACAGUUUAAGGGAUUAUCACCAUCUUGUUAGUUUUCUCAACAAUUUCUAGAACUUUAUACAUCGGACUCUUUGGCACUCUGGUGUUGAUUGCGCGAACUGUUCUAAGUUCUCAGGGGGAGUAAGCAAUGGUGAGACUAGUUAAGCUGUUUUAACUUCAUCAGCUUCAAUGUACAAUAAUUGUAGAUCUACUGAAUCGUAUUGUAAAUUUGCUCAACGAGUGAAUAUCUUAGUUACUGGUGAGAUUGGAACCGGUCCGGAACAUUAUAAGCGAAUGGAAAUCCGGUAGAAUUGACUUAUGUCACUGGCCAUCAGUGACCUAAACUUUCUAUUCACUCUCUUAUAAUUACUGCUUCCAACGCUUAAAAGUUUACAGUCGGGGCUCACGUGUUAGCUUCUAUCUAAUUAGUAUCAGCAUUCAAACUUUGAAACAUCUAAUAUCAAAGAGGAAUGCUAGAAACAUUCCGGAUUUAGUUCAAUUGGGGAUCCUAUGACAAAGGAAGAUUAAUUGACUUUUUUAAACUCAGUUGUUAGUUUUGAAAAUAAAAAUAUUAUAUUUAGUCUGCUAAAAAUAGAAUAGAUACUGCUGACUUCCAGUUUUAUUUAAAGCAAGUAAGUUAGUACAGGCUAAAUUUGUUACUCUGUUCAACACAAGAUGGCAGUUUUUUUUUAAAUUCGAAAUUUCUGAGAUACUUUGUACAUAGUAAUAUAUUAAACAUCACUACUCCCUUGUCUUUGUAUACUAAACACUUCGUCAAGUACUGUAAAGAUAGUCGUUCAGGACACUUAUAGCGUCACAUCUGAACAAAGAGCGAAGAGUCUUUUGUUAGAAACGAAGCUUCUAGGAAGGGAGACUGGAUCCUCCUCUCUCAACUUAAGUAAUCCAUCGACUAGGUUUAAGAGAAAGUUUAGUUGUUUGGCAACUUCAAACACUUUGAUGCACUCCAAAGUAAUGAUCCCAGCUAAAUAUUUUCAUUAUUUUACACGUAAUAAAGGUUAUAAUUUUCGAAC